CUCGGCGACCCCUCCCGCGCGCGCGGCCGGCCCUCGGCUUCGCUCCGGCUCGCCUCCCAGCGCCUGCGGGACAGGCGGCGCGCUCCCCGCUGCCCGAGACCUGUUGGGGGCAGGAUGGGCGCGCUGGCAGCCCGGGACUCUGCUCCGGGCCGGGGUGCCGGGGAAGACGCGGCGCGGGGGCGUUGGGCCAGGGCUUGCCGUGGGAUGCCUAAAGGUGGGGGACGAGGGCGCGGGGUUCGAGUCCCGGGUACGGUGUCCAGCCUCCGCCCCACGCGGGUGGAGCUCAGCGUUUCUCUCGCGCGCUCCCCUAGGUCUCCAGCGCGGAGCGCCUAGGGAGGCGGGGCCCUGCGGAGGACUCGGGCACGCUCUCUGUCUGGAAUACUGGGCUGGCCUGGGAUCCUCCGGUGUCUGGGAAAGGGCGAGAGACUGCGGGGCAGGGAGGCCGGCGCCCCCGUUGCAGCGGCUUCCAGCUCCGGAUGUCGCUCUCGGGUUCAGUCUCCCCCUGGAGUAGGAGGAGCGGGAGCGUGGGUGUUGCUGCGUGUUCAUUGAUGGGGAGGAUGGAAUUAGAAGGAGAAGCGAUCCCUCCAGGGGACCUGGGUUCUCGUCAGUGGUGACGGCAGCUCAGAAAUCUGUGGGUGCCUGAGAGUAAGGAGGGGGAGCUGUUCUCCUUUAUCCUUCCUCUAGGAGAGUGGGGUAGGGGAGGGCAGGGAGAGCGCAGGUGGCCGCCCCUGGAGCCUGCGGGGGAGAGGCCUGUUUGCCAGCAUAGGGCGGCGGCGGCCGGAGUCGUCUUAAGCCGGUCGGCUCAAGUCUCAGGGGCUGGAACUCUGCCUAGGAGGAAACCAAGGCCCAGCGGCCAGGCCCUUCUCCCCUGGUUAAUCCCUGGGGUGCAGAUUUCUUAGGUGGGGACACAAGGCCUGGGGUCCGGACUGGGCGCAGCUUCUUUUCAUCUUUGAAUUAGAUCACCUGAACAGGAGAGUUGACCAAACUUUAUCAGUGAGGGCCGAGUAAAUGAAAGUCCUUUUUAUUUUUUUCUCUUCUCACUUUUUUUUUUCAGGUGAUAACUUUAUUUAUUUAUUUUUCUGAGAUGGAGUCUCGCUGUGUCACCAGGCUAGAGUGCAGUGGCGCCACCUCUGUAACCUCCGCCUCCCCGGUUCAAGCGAUUCUCCUGCCUCAGCCUCCUGAGUAGCUGGGAACAUAGACAUGCGCCACCACGCCCGGCUAAUUUUUGUAUUUUUAGAAGAGAUGGGGUUCUGCCAUGUUGGCCAGGCUGGUCUCGAACUCCUGACCUCAGGUGAUCCCCUCACCUCCCAAAGUGCUGGGAUUACAGGCGAUAACUUUAGGUCUCCCCUCCUUUGUCCCUGGGCAAACCUUGUUUAUUCUUUACUAACUUGGUUGUAAUCUCUAAAUCAAAGUAGACCCUUGAAUUUGUUAUUCUCCAGGCUGCUGGGACACGUUGGAGUGGCCUUAGAAGGCUGCAAAAUGGACUGAUGGUUUCUGCCUUCCACUAACAUCCCAAUAUGACUUCCUAAUACUAGGGCUCCAGUUCCUGAUACCAGAGUUACAGGGAGAAAAUGUGGGUUCUGCAGGGGUGUGUCAGGUGUGGACGCUUCAGGUGAAGUCAUCAGUGUGGAUGAUCAGUGUGCACAGCUCUCCUUAAAAACUGGAGGUGGGGCUGGGUGUAACCACAGCAGUUUGGGAGGCUGAGGCAGCCGGAUCACUUGAGGAUAGGAAUUCCAGACCAGCAUGGCCAACAUGGUGAAACCCUAUCUUUACUGAAAAUACAAAAAUUAGCUGGGUGGGGUGGUGCAUGCCUGUAAUCCCAGCUACUUGGGAGGCUGAGAUAAGAGAAUCCCUUGAGCCAGGUAGGUGGAAGUUGUAGUCAGCCAAGAUCGCGCCACCGCACUCUAGCCUGGGUAACAGAGCGAGACUUCAUCUCAAAAAACAAAAAAAAACAAACAAACUGGAGGUGGGAAUGGGGAAGUCAGCUGGGGAAUGCUGCAGAAUUAGCAUAGUCUCAGGCUACUGCCUUUUUUGAAAUGAGGCCAGCAUUAAAAACCUAAAUUGCUUAAUUAAGGGAAGAAAUACUUAACUCCUCAGUCAUAUUUGAGAUUCGAAUUCAAAUCAGCUUUAAAGGGACAUCUUUUCUCCUGCACUGAGUCCAGGAGGUCUUGCCAUGUUUUGACAGAUUAGCAUAAGGGUCAUUUUUGGCUUGCUCAACCCCUGAGAUCUCCUAAUAGCUGGCAUGUAUUGAAUACUUACUCCAUACUGUUCUAAGUACUUAUAUCUUUAUUACCCAUUUUAUUCUCCUAGCAACUCAAUGAGGAAAGUACCACAUGCCCAUUUUAUGAAUUGGGCAACUGAGAUUUAGAAGGGUUACAUAACUUGCUCAAGGUCACAACAGUAAGCAAUGAAGCUGGGAUUCAAACCCAGGUAUUCUAUCUGUACAGCCCAGGCCUCACACCAUCUAGGGCCAGUAGGGCCAGGAUAGAAAUGAUUUAAUGUGGGUAAAAUGCUGAGAACAGUUCCUGGCACAUAGUGAGCAAUCAUAAAGUGUUAGUUACUGUAUUAGCUUCCUAUGACUGCUGUAACAAAUUGUCACAAACUGAGUGGCUUAGAACAGCAGAAAUUUAUUCUCUCACAAUUGUAGAGACCAGGAGUUGAAAAUCAGUAUCAUUGGGCUGAAAUCAAGGCAUCAGCAGGGCCGUGCUCCCUCUGGAGGCUCUGGGGGAAUCCACUCCCUGCCUCUCCUACCUUCUGGUGGGGGCUGGCGUUGUUUAGCUUGUGGCUGCGUCAAUCCAAUCACUGCGUUUGUGGUCAAAUUGUCUUUGUUUUCUGUCUGUCCAAUCUUCCUUGGCAUGUCUCUUAUAAGGAUACAUGUGGUUGUACUUAGGGCCCACUUGGAUAAUCCGGAGUAAUCUCCCUAUCUCAAGAUCAUUAUCUGCGAAGUCCUUUAAAAAAAAAAACAUACAAGGCGGCAUUCACAGCUUCUAGGGAUUAGGAUGUGGGUGUCUUUUGGGGGAUCAUUACUUAGCCUAUCACAGCUAUUAUUAUAUUACUACUAGCACUGCCCCUCUUUACCAAAGAGGUAACAAGAGUAGGCCUGGAGAGAGGGAGGUUGGGUUUGCUGCUCUUUUUCUUAAAUUCUCUGCCUGGAAGGGAGUGAAGCUCUUGGAGGUCACCUGAUCUAGUCGGACUCUUUGCCCAGGCUUCCUUCCCUCCUCUACUUCAACCCAGAAAGGCUGAUGCGGUCGGCCUUCCCCCUAAUAACUUAGACCAGUAUGAAAAGGGGCCAUCGGCAGCUUCAGAGAACAGGCAUUUAACUUCAUUUUUGAGAGUUGAGAAGAAAGAGCAAGGGCGUCAGGCUUAGCUCAUCAGAAGCUUCUCUCUUGAGCUUUAUGCCUGGAGGGCUGAGCAUAAUGAAAAUCCAAGCCCCAAAGAGCAGUGAUGGUCUCCUGGGUCUAGAAGACUUGGAUGUGAUGCUUUAAGAAGGGGUAAGAUGGUUGUCUCAAACCCGGCCCUUUUGACAGAUUGACAUUAGCCAGGGCUGACAGCUCUAGGCACUUUUGACAGAGUGACAGCAGCCAGGGCUGACAGCUCUAGUUUCCCCUAUGGGUGUAACUGGGGUCUGGUGGUGUGCGGCAGCAAGAAGGGGCACUCCGGCCAGGCUCUUGGUGGGCUGGCAAAGAGGGUUGAGGCCAGCAAGGCCGGAUCCCACCCAGCCUGUGCUGGGCUGCACUGUGCUGUGGUCUUGCAAAAUUCCCUUAGUCCCCUCAGGGCCAUGCUGUUGCCCUCUGAGGGGAAUGCAGUUAAUGACUACAUGCUUGUUAAGUGCUUGAGAAAGCUAAGAGGACCAGAGGGCUGCAGGGCUGGCUCAAGCAGGGUGACCUCAGGGUGUGCUCUCUCUAGCUCAUUACUCCCUGGAGCUGGGCUAGGUUUUUUCCAUUCUGCUAUAUGAACUUCAGUCAAACUUAGACACUGCUAUAGGAGAAUUUGCCUCAUGGAGAAGGACUGAGAAGUGGCAAUUUCACGGUGUGUGUGUGCGCGCUCGUGUGCAAGUCCAAGUGAAGGAGGUGUUAGGGAGGCAUCAGGAAGGAAACCUUUCAAAGGUCAAAAUGGCCAAUCGCUUCCUUUUUUCUAUGCCCACUAGCACUUCCCUGUUUUAAGGGUUCUAAAAAUAAGGGUCCAGCUUCCUUGAGGCUAGUGAGGUUGGUUGGAAGGAAAAGAAAGAAUGUAUUGGGGGCAAAGACCUGAGGAAGAGGAGGCCUCACAGGCCAGGAGAGGGUCUGAGCCUAACACCAGAGAAGAUGGGACAGGACUCAGAUCAGAGCCAUCACUUUGCACAGCCGGACCUGAUGUCAGAGCACUAACAUCCCCCUGCUGACCUCUGGUUUCUGGGCAGACAGGCUCUCAUCUCUUCUGUAGCUUGGGGCUGAUGCUGGGCCUUGGAGCAAGUCACUGAAUAAUUGAAUUGGAGGAAUCCUUGCUGAUACAACCCUGACUGGUUUUUUUAAAUUUUUAUUGUUUGAAGCUGCCGGUGGCUGGAACUUUGUCUACAGCAAAUGGCUUUCUAAUGUUUCCAAUGAAUUGAGAGAUAAUAGUCUUGGGAAGGACACUGUGGCAGGGGUCAAAGGUCCUAAGGUCUGGUCUAGCUUCUGAAUGACAUCUGCACCUUUUAGGUCUUCUAUUUAACCUCUUUUCCUUAAUAUCUUCACCAGCUACUGUGCAUGGCAAGACCUGUCAUGUGUCACGGGGCUUUGCAAAGACAAAAUGAGAUAAUGGACAGAAAAGAACUUGGGAAAGUUAAAGAUAGGAUCAGGAUGCAAGAUGUGAUUGUGGCAUUAUUGUGUUGGAUUGGAAGAAGGGAGAGGAGGUGAGAUAGUGGUUGAGGUGUCUGGCGAGGAUUUACAUGUAUUAUUGGAUUGUCCUUUUUUUUCUACUGAGAAUAUUUGAACAAUGCCAAAUUAAAGAGCAAGGCAGUGGCAGAAGCAAAGAGCUGGAAUGAGCGCCUUUGACUUGGCUUCGGACAGUAAGCUGUGUUAGCUAUGCCUCACUGCCCAAAGAUAAAAGCAGCUCCAAGUUGGCUGCAUGAGGAGUUGAGAAGCAGCAUGUGGAGCCCAUGAAUUAAAGUAUCUGGUUUCCUUGGCUUUUUCCAGCUUACCUGUUGGUUGACAUUGGAUCCUCUGAGAACACUUGGCCAACCCAACAUCUCUGAAUGUAGCUGACUCUGGCGUGGGGGCUGCAGCUGCUUUCCCAGCCUUGGAUAGACAGAAAGAGGAAAAGCUGGAACCCACGUGGAGCUGAAGGGCUCUUAUAGGUGGGCAGGGCAAGGAAGUCUCUAACUACCUGCUGUGACUGUGCACCACACAACACGCCCUUCUAUUUAUGUUAUUGUACACUGUAAAAAUUGCUCUUAUGUGUAUUAGAUACCCCACAGCAGUCUUGUGAGGUAAAGCACACAAUAUAUGCUUUGUUUUAAGGUGAGACUGGAGGCUUAGAGGAGCUCAGGAUAUGUCUAGCGUCACACAGUUGGUAUGCAGGGACUGUAUUGCCAUAACGGCCUCAGGCUAAACUGCAAGUCUCCCGAACUUUCCAGGCUACAGGGGGUCCUGGUUCCAAAAAACAAAACAAACAAACAAAAACACCUUGAUAUGCUUUUUUUUCUUUUUUUAAGACAGAGUUUCGCUCUUGUUGCCCAAGCUGGAGUGCAAUGGCGUGAUCUCGGCUCAUUGCAACCUCUGCCUCCUAGGUUUCAAGUGAUUCUCCUGCCUUAGCCUCCCAAGUAGCUGAGAUUACAGGUGUGCGCCACCACGCCCAGAUAAUUUUGUGUUUUUUAGUAGAGACACAGUUUUAUCAUGUUGGUCAGGCUGGUCUCGAACUCCUGACCUCAAGUGAUCCACCCGCCUCGGCCUUCCAAAGUGCUGAGAUUACAGGUGUGAGCCACUGCGCCCGGCCAGCCGAUGUGCUUUUUUUAAAAAAAAAAAAACUUUCUUGAGUUAUAACUUAUGUACAAUCAGCUAACCCUAUUUAAAGAUUGAUACAUUUUGACAACUUUACCUAUGUGAUCACCUACUACAGGACACAGUACAUUCAUUGCCCCUAAAAGUUUCCUUUGUACCCCGUUGCCGUCAGUCCUCCCUCAACCCCCAACCCUGAGCAGCCACCAGUCGUUUUCUUUUUUUUUUCUUUUUUGAGAUGGAGUUUCGCUCUUGUUGCCCAGGCAGGAGUACAAUGGUGCGAUCUCAGCUCACUGCAUGCAACCUCCACCUCCUGGGUUCAAGUGAUUCUCCUGCCUCAGCCUCCCGAGUAGCUGGGAUUACAGGCAUGCACCACUGUGCCUGUCUAAUUUUGUAUUUUUAGUAGAGAUGGGGUUUCUCCAUGUUGGUCAGGCUGGUCUCGAACUCCCAAUCUCAGGUGAUCUGCCCACCUUGGCCUCCCAGAGUGCUGGGGUUACAGGCGUGAGCCACUGCACCCAGCCCAGUUGCUUUCUUUCACUGUACAUUAGUUUGCAUUUUCUAGAUUUGCAUGUAGGUCAUACAGUGCAUACCCUUGUACUUGGCUUCUUUUCUUCAGCAUAUUUUUGAGACUCAUCCUGCAUGUAUCAAUAGUUUAUCUCUUUUAAUUGCUGAGUAGACCUUCAGGUAUUUGGGUGUGCUGGUAGGGCAAUUAUAACUCCUUGCACACAGCUUCUAUGAAAAUUCCCUUACGCCGUAAUUUCUUUUUUUUUUUUUUGAGAUGUAGUCUCACUCUCUUGCCCAGGCUGGAGUGCAGUGGCACGAUCUCGGCUCACUGCAACCUCCGCCUCCCGGGUCCAAGCAAUUCUCCUGCCUCAGCCUCCUGAGUAACUGGGACUACAGGCGUACGCCACCAUGCCCAGCUAAUUUUUUGUAUUUUAGUAGAGACGGGGUUUCACCGUGUUGCCCAGGCUAGUCUCGAACUCCUGAGCUCAGGCAAUCUGCCCGCUUUGGUCUCCCAAAGUGCUAGAAUUACAGGCAUGAGCCACCACGCCUGGCCUUACGCCAGAAUUUCUAAUAUUACCUUAAGUUUUUAGACCACGUUCGAGCUUACAAAGCAGAGUGACAUACAUAAUCACUAUCAAGUCUCAGACAUUGAUAAUUUAAUGAGGAAACUGAGGUUUGGAAGAUUAAGUGCUACAGAGAUCGAAGAGUAUCGUGCCUCACUGUUCUAUCCUGUGGCUUUGAUCACCACCUGCUCCCCACCCUCAGCUGCCUCAAACUCCAGCUCCCUUUCAGGGAGUGGACAGUCAUUCACAGAGCUAAAGGCGUUGCUUUUCACAGAGGCAGCCAACCUAGGGAAUCCUGUGUCUCCCGCCAGCUUUGCUCCAGCUGAUGAUGAUGUGGUGGUACUAUCAGUGCCUCCCCGAUCCCAGCAGGCAUCAGCCUGUGUAAGAGUAUCUCCUUUCUUGGCCAUCCAGAAGCUGAAGAGACCCCAUCAUUAUCUGCCCCAUCCAUCCUGCCCUGAUAGACAGAAGUCUGAAUUUGUGGCAGCCUGGCUUUGAAUUCCAGCUCUGCCCCUUACCAGCGGAGAGACUGACCUUGGGCAAGUUGCUGAACAUGCUAAGCCUCGAUUUUCCUGUCUGUACAAUGCAGACAAUAACAGCACUUACCUCGAAGGACCUUUGUGAGAGAAGGGUGCCAAACCACGCAAAUAGCUGGAGAGCACCUGGCAUUGGGCACACCCUCAGUAAUGAGGUCGGUAUUAGUGCCACUCAAGUGGCGAUGUUACUCCACAUGGCUCCCUCUGUGGUUUGGUUCCUGGGUCGCCUUCCACUCUUACGGUUCUCUGUACCUCUCUGAGCUCUCGGCAUAAGGCAGUAAGGUGGGGCAGAGGCCAGUGGAUGCUUUCUCCGUGAUAACUGCAUUCUGCUCUCUGUGCCUCUCUCUCUAGAGUGCCCAGAGGGGUGCGGGGCCUGAGAAAAAGCAGAUCCAGGGCAGAGAGAGCACCACCCAAGCUGCUGACUAUAAUAAAUGGCAGGGGUUGGGGACUGGAAGGGGCACCAUAUGGUUGUCUUCUGAUUACUUUCAAAUGGAAUCAGACUCAAGCCUGAGAGUGGGGAGAAAAAAACCACACUCAAGAAUGAAUCCUCUCUGCACGGUGACAGACUUAGCCAAGCAGAAGGCAGAGCCAUUGCCAGGAGAGUGAGAUGACUAUGAUCCUCAUUGAACUGAACACUUGUCAUUUUCAUGGAUGGAUUCUCCCAGGGGCCACUUUGUAUUUGCCCAAAGGCUUAUGGAGAAUCUCUGGUUUUUCUCUUUUCCCUGGAGGAUGGGUGGGUAGAUGUGGCAGUGAUCACAGUCCUCUGGACACUGUGCCCGGGGCCCUCGGUAUGUGAUAGGUGAUCCCUUUUCUUGUUUCAUCUUGCUCACAUCCCUGUUUUCCUGGUGACUUUGCAGUCAUGCUCUUUGCCACCUACUGUCUAUGAUGGUGAGGCCUAUGGUGAAGUGUCCUAGAUGAACAUCCAGAAACUGUCUGAGCUCUUACUGUGCAUACAGCACCCUGCUAAAUUCUGUGCAGUUCUCCAGAGGAAAAGGUAAAUGUCAGGUUUUUCCCAUCUGGCACUCUGAAGUCAACUGCUCUUUUGAGCUGGCUGCACAUUCUCCACAGUGACCCUCAGAGGGCAGGCCUGCCUUUUUUUGUUUGUUUUUUUUUUUUUUGAGACGGAGUCUCGCUCUGUCGCCCAGGCUGGAGUGCAGUGGCGCAAUCUCGGCUCACUGCAAGCUCCGUCUCCCUGGGUUCACGCCAUUCUCCUGCCUCAGCCUCCCGUGUAGCUGGGACUACAGGCGCCCACCACUACCGGCUAAUUUUUUUGUAUUUUUAGUAGAGACGGGGUUUCACCGUGUUAGUCAGGAUGGUCUCGAUCUCCUGACCUAGGCCUGCCUUUCUGAGGCCUGCUGGGAUUACAGGUGUGAGCCACUGCGCCCGGCUUGUGUGUGUUUCACUCUGUCUCCCAGGCUACAGUGCAACAGCACGAUCCUAGCUCAUUGCAGCCUUGAACACUUGAGCUCCAGUAAUCCUCGUGCCUCAGCCUUCUGAACAGUGAUAACUACAGGUGUGCCCCACCACACCUGGAUAAUUUUAAAAUUUAUUUUAUUUUUAUUUUUGUAGAGAUGGGGGUCUCACUACAUUGCCCAGGCUUAUCUCAAACUCCUGGGCUCAAGUGAUCCAUUCAUUUCAGCCUCCCACAAGUGCUGGGAUUAUAGGCAUGAGUCCCUGCGCCCAGCCUGGACCAGUGUUUUUGGACAGCACGAGGAUGCUCUCACUGCUUCAUGGGUAUGCUUCUCUGUUCCAGAGCAUUUGGCUUUUCUGUUCCUGUUUUUGUUUUGUUUUUCACAGUGCUUUAUGGUCAAAUUCUUUUCCUCUCCAUUUAAAGAAAACUCUUUAGGACUUGAUAUUUUAGAGAGUAAAUAAACGGAAAGGAAGAAAGAUAUGAGGCAAUUACAGCGGUGGGGAGCCGUUUACUAGUAUGCAAUAGUAUAAUUCUCAAAUAGGUACAAAACAAAAACAAUUUGUUUUGUUUCAAAAUACAACCAAAGUGCAGGUUAAAUAGGAGGGUAGUGCCUUGAGCCCAGCACCUGAGGCAAAUAGAUUGCUCAGGGGCACCUUUUAAAUUAAAGGGACAUCUUCCCUUCUGUGGAGUCACCCGCUGUUUGUGUGACACUUCCCGUUGUGCUCUCGGCCUCUGUGGAAGCAUAAACAUUCUUGUACAUAAAGCAACUGUGGCAAUGAACUCCACCAGGACCAAGGCUGUUCUUGUGCAGAGUGGGAAGCUGAAAGAACCACCGCUGUAGCGGUGUCUCUUACGGCAGUCUGGAAAAUGCCAGGGGGAAGCCGACCGCACAGAUGGCCAGAGGCAACUGAAUGCUUCCGAUUUCUUUCAGGUUUUGUUGGAUGAACCUUCUCGGUGAUUCAGGUAGCAGGAUUGUUUAGAAUCCUACUUCCAUGUUGAUGGUGCUCCUUUCAGAAACAUUUACUGAGAGCAUUCUCUCCCUAAGUGUUUAUUCCUUUACCUUGGGAAGGAAUCUGCCUCACUGGCCGCUUUUGUGUACAGUCUAUUUAGACACAGACAUGUGGAACGAUGCAGGGUCGCUGGAGUUCUCAACCGUGGCAUCUGCAGUUUCGUUUUGUUUGUUUGUUUGUUUUUGAGACGGAGUCUUGCCCUGUGGCCGAGGCUGGAGUGCAGUGGCGCGAUUUCGGCUCACUGCAACCUCCGCCUCCCGGGUUCAAACAAUUCUCCUGCCUAGCCUCCCGAGUAGCUGGGAUUACAGGCGCGCACCUCCACGCUCAGCUAAUUUUUGUAUUUUUAGUAGACACGGGGUUUCAUUCACCGUGUUGGCCAGGCUGGUCUAGAUUUCCUGAUGUUGUGACCCACCCGCCUCGGCCUCCCAAAGUGCUGGGAUUACAGGCGUGAGCCACCGUGCCCAGCUGCAGUUUCGUUUUGAAUCAACUUUUCCUUGAAUUGCCUGGUUGCUCAUAUUUUUCUCCUCUUUUUCCCUAAUCAGAUUUUACCCAUCCUGGAGAACUAGUUCCACUGUAAUGCAUCUGGCUCCUCUUCCCUUCUUUUCACUUCCUCUUCCCCUCCUCUCUCACUCCUCAUCUCUUCUGCCAUAAGCCUUAUUAAGCUUCACACCCUGUGAAGCAAGCCAGGCUAAGGGGAUUACCCCAAAUCACCUACGAAGAUGCACAGUGAUCUGCCCAGGGUCCUCAGCCACUUUCUGCAUGACAAGUCCCCUGGUAAUGGCAUUUUUUUUUUUUUUUUUUUUUGAGAAAGAGUCUCACUAUGUCACCCAGGCUGGAGUGCAAUGUCACGAUCUCAGCUUACUGCAACCUCCGCCUCCUGGGUUCAAGCGAUUCUCCUGCCUCAGCUUCCUAAGUAGCUGGGUUUACAGGCGUGCACCACCACCACACCUGGCUAAUUUUUUUAUUUGUAGUAGAGACGGGGUUUUGCCAUGUUGGCCAGGCUGGUCUCGAACUCUUGACCUCAGGUGAUCACCCACCUCAGCCUCCCAAAGUGCUGGGAUUACAGAUGUGAGCCGCCGCGCCCGGUCCAUUCUUUCUCUCUGUAUAUGUAUGUAUAUACUGUACAGACACUUCACACAUUUAUGUGCAACUAUAAUAUCCUAUUAUAACAGGAGUUCAGAGUAUAAAGAUAAUUAGCUAUAAUCUCCACCCUCAGGAAACUGGCAAUCUAGGGUGGAAGAUACACAAUUAUGAUAAAGCAUGGUAAAUGCGAGGCAAGAGACAGAAGACAGAAGACACAUCAGUGUGGGAGAGUGCGGGUCAUAAACCUGACGGGGAGCACACGAUUACAUCUGAAGCACCAGUAAGACAUGAGCAAUACUCUUCAGUUCGAGAGGAGAGGAAAAAGUCUGGGAAGGCCAGUAGACAGUUCAAAUAAUUUAAUAUUAUGCCUCAGGUGUAAGAUCCUGCUUGGAAGAAACCUCCAGAGGUGGACGCUCAGAAAUCUCUAGCUGGAAUUGCUAGUAGGGCUCAUCUAGUCAAGUACCCUUUUUCUUUACACUUAAGUAAGAUGAGACCAGAAAACGAAGUGAUAUUUUCAAGAUCCCACACGGCUAGUCUGUGAUAGAAACUAGAGCUUAGGCCUGCUGAUCUCAGUUGAGACCACGGUUUCUUUUUUCCACAUCAGGCUACUUCUCUGAGUCCAGGCACCUAGAGACAGCUUUCUUUUGUGCUUUGUUUUUGAGAUAGAGUUUCAUUCUUGUUGCCAGGCUGUAGUGCAAUGAUGCAGUCUCAGCUCACUGUAACCUCUGCCUCCCGGGUUCAAGCGAUUCUCCUGCCUCAGCCUCCCAAGUAGCUGGGAUUACAGGUGCCUGCCACCACACCAGGCUAUUUUUUUUUUUUGUAUUUUUAGUAGAGUUAGGGUUUCACUAUGUUGGCCAGGCUGGUCUUGAACUCCUGACCUCAGGUGAUCCUCCCACCUCGGCCUCCCAAAGUGCUGGGAUUACAGGCGUGAGCCACCACGCGUGGCCGAGACAGCUUUCUAACAAGGUUUUGGCUCUGUUUUCCGGAGGAAUGGGAGGAUCUGUUCUCUGAAUUAGCCUUUUCAUAUGCUUUUCUCUGUCUUUUCCUUUUGCUUCUCUCUUGCUUCCGGCCUUUUGUUUGCAUCUCAGCCUGUUGAAGACAAAGCUAACCUGUCUGUAGGCCAUGGGAGUGGGCAUCUCUCUAGGUGGGUGGGAUGCUUGGGUGAGAAAGUGCCACUUGUACCAGUGAUAGGAUAUUGAAGGGAUAGACAGUGGUCUCAGUCACCCAUCCAUGAGGGUAAGAACAAGCAAGGUUCUGCUACAGCAGAAAGAAAAUUGGCUUUAGUGACAAAAGACUUGGCUCAAGUCCUGGAUCUGUCACUUUCUGAGGAUGUGGUUUUGAACGUUAUUUCUAUAGGUGGCUGCAUCAAAAUGAGGCAGUGGAUAUAAAAGUAAUAAAAACCACAAAAAGUCAUGCACAUGCAAAGUGAUACUAUUAUUUGUUACCAACAAUUGGGUCCUGGUACUUUGAGGCUCUCAAAGUACUGUGAACUGUUGGUUUUGUGUGGUAUUUAGUGGGCUAUUCUAGUCUUCUUCCUUGCCAAGCACCACUGUUUCAGAGAGGCUAAUUCCGUCAGCGUGAGGAACAGAAGGAGUCACUCGAGAAGCCAUCUCCACCAAAGUAAACACAUCCUUCUGGAAGCUUAAAUUUUCACUUUAUCUCUUGGGAACUAGGGACAUGAGUCAUAAUGAGUUAGCAAGUGGCUUUUGUGAAAUACAAGAGGCUUUGUGAAAUGCAGCAAAUAUAGCCAAAAGCAUGUGUAGUAGCUUCCUAUGGCUGCUCUCACAAAUUACUACAAAUUCAGUGGCUUACAACAACACACUUGCAUUCACAUUUAUUCAGUUGGGAAGUCCAAAGUCUGAAAUGGGUAUCAUAGGCUAAUGUCAAUGCGUCAAUAGAACUGUGUUCUUCCUGGAAAGAAUGUGUUUCCUUGACUUUUUCCAGAGUCCGCCUCCAUCCCUUGGCUAGUGGCCCCUUCCUCCUCCAUCUUUAAGUACAUCACUCCAAGCCCUCCUCAUCAUCAUCACCUCCCGUCUCUGUCUCUGACUCUCCUGCCUCACUCCCUUCCUUGUACGGGCCCUAAUGAUUGUAUCUUCCCAGCUCAAACUCCUCAGCUGAAUCACAUCUGUAAAGUCUCUUUUGCCAUGUAAGGUCACAUAUUCACAGGGUCUGCAGAUUAGGACAUGGACAGCUUUGGUGACUAUUAUUCUGUCAGCCACAGCAUGUGUGUGUAUAAGCGCUUGGUCUGCCUUUCCCCUGAGUUCAUGACAUUUCUGUUACUAACUUGUCACCCUUACCAUUUCCAACCCAAGCACCAGGUAGUCAUAGCUAACCUUCACUGGGUACCUACUGUGUGCCAGACAAUACUUUAAAUACCUAACAUAUGUAUUAUUUUGUUUUAUUCUUCAUAACAACCCUAUGAGAUAGGAACUAUUAUUAUACCCAUUUUACAGAUAAGAAAACUGAAGCACAGAGAUUUUAACUUGCCCAACAUCACACAGCUAGAAAGUGGUAGAAACCAGGAUGCAAACCCCAGGCAAUCAACUCCACACUCAAGAGUUCUUAGCCAGCAUCCAUGGUAUUGGCAUGUAGCUAGUGUUCAGUAAGGUUUGAUGAAUAGCAGAAGGAAGGAAACUUGAGAUCCAAAUAAAUGAUAUGAAGUCUCUAGAUUACACGGAACUGGGGUCAAGAGGGCAACCCAACUUGCCCAUUGGUUUAUUCUUGGACUUGGCCCCAGCUAAAUGCAGUGUGGUUGGCUGUCUAGUGAUGUGGUCUGGAGUUGGAAUGGUUAUCACACUUUCUGGAAUAGUGUGUGUGUGUAUGUGUUUCUGAGUGUGAAUGUGUGUGUGUGUAUAUACACUGCCCAUCUCGGCUCCCAGCUGUGAGAAGAUGGGGACAGGAUUGUACUUACGGGUCACAGAGCACCAAGUCUCUGCCAACCACCUAUCCCAGCCUCCACCUGCUGCUGCCGGAUGAACCUCUGUGGUAGAAAUAGGAAGCAUGUUCCUAUUCUUGUGGCCUCAAGAAAGGGCUCCUGGGGCAGAAUGCAUAGUGGUGUGUCUGGUACUUGAGUGUAUGAUCAGACUGAUGUACGUUCAAAUUCCUACUCCACUUAGGUUACCAAAUCCCUCUAAGCUCAGUUUUGUCUUCUGUUAAAUGAAGGUAAUAGUCUGUGCCUCAAGGAAUUGUUACAAUGAUUAGAUGAGAUAAUACAUAUAAGAAUGGUGAGUGCAGAGUCUGACCUUAAGUGCAUGAUAAAUGAUAGGUAUGGUGGUUGGGCUUACAGUGUUGAGUACAGAAGGGGACUCUGGGUAUGUUAAUAAACCAUUCUAAGUCUUUUGGUAAGAGUGUGUUUCUGUUUCCUCCCCAGCCUCCUCAAGACCUGGCUGGAGCCUAGGAAUAAUUUAUUAUUUAUUUAUUCAUUUAUUUAUUUAUCAAGACUGAGUUCUGUUGCCCAGGCUGGGGUGCAAUGGUGCGAUUGUGGCUCUCUGCAAUCUCCGCCUCCUAGGUUCAAGCGACUCUCCUUCCCCAGCCUCCCCGAGUAGCUGAGAUUACAGACGUGCUCCACCACGCCCGGCUAAUUUUUGUACUUUCAGUAGAGAUGAGGUUUCACCAUGUUGCCCAGGCUGGUCUCAAACUCCUGACCAGAGGUGAUCCGCCUACCUCGGCCUCCCAAAGUGCUGGGAUUACAAGCGUGAGCCACCACAUCCUGCUAGAAGGAAUAAUUAAAAUAGCAUUUAGUUUGUAUGAAGAGUGUUCUGGGGAGGGGAACAGAGAUGCGGGGAGCUGGCUUAGGAGUGUGGAGCAGUGCUCCUCCUUAGUGCGCAGUGGGAGCCACACCACUCCUGCCUUCUGCCUGGCCUCGCAAGUUCAGAGCUGCCGUCUUGUCAAGAAAAAUCCAUGGGCCAGGCGCAGUGGCUCAUGCCUGUAAUCCCAGCACUUGGGGAGGCUGAGGCAGGCGGAUUGCUUAAGGCCAGGAGUUUGAGACUAGCCUAGGCAACAUGGGAAAACCCCAUCUCUAAAAAAAAUGCAUAAAAAUUAGCCAGCAUGGUGGUGUGCACCUGGUCUUGAAAAUCCACUGAGCAAUCAAGAUACCCUCCUGGGACGUCAGGCCUCAGAUCUGCAGCAGCUUUUCUACAUCAGGUUGGAGGAGAAUAUUUGAAGAGCUUAUCUUCCUCUAAACGUAAGACCACAGGCCCACAAAUGGAAGACUGAACAGACAGCGGUGUCCCCUUGCUGUCUGGCCUCCUCAGGCGCCACAGAUCUCCCGGUAUCACUUUAUCCAUCAGGCCUCGGCAGGGAGGCCCCAAGUGGGCUGUCUUGUUCCGGCCUGUGGCUGCCAGCCCUACAGACCAGUGGAGCAGGAGAGAUGCGCCUCGGAGGAAGAGCGGUGGGACACCAGGAAAACUGCCUCGGCGAGAUGGCCUGCAUCGUGCGUGACUGGUGAAGACUUCCGAAUGGGAUGACUCCCAGGGGGCGCUGAGUAAACAGACGGUUGCUGUUUGCUGUGCAGCUGGCUCCGAAGGAUGUGGAGGAUGGAAUCUCAACAAAAAGCCUUGGCAUCCACGGGAGGAAGAAGUGUUCAGGCAGCAUGUGACUGGUUAUUCUCCCACGUCGGUGACCCCUUCCUGGAUGACCCCCUGCCCCGGGAGUACGUCCUCUACCUCCGUCCCACCGGCCCCUUAGCACAGAAGCUUUCCGACUUCUGGCAGCAGUCGAAGCAGAUCUGCGGGAAGAACAAGGCACACAACAUCUUCCCACACAUCACACUCUGCCAGUUCUUUAUGUGCGAGGACAGCAAGGUGGAUGCCCUGGGGGAAGCUCUGCAGACCACGGUCAGUCGCUGGAAAUGUAAGUUCUCGGCCCCGCUGCCCCUGGAGCUCUAUACGUCGUCCAACUUCAUCGGCCUCUUCGUAAAGGAAGACAGUGCGGAGGUCCUCAAGAAGUUUGCUGCUGACUUUGCUGCAGAGGCUGCAUCCAAAACCGAAGUGCAUGUGGAACCUCAUAAGAAGCAGCUACAUGUGACCCUGGCUUACCACUUCCAAGCCAGCCACCUACCCACCCUAGAGAAACUGGCCCAGAACAUUGACGUCAAGCUAGGGUGUGACUGGGUGGCUACCAUAUUUUCUCGGGAUAUCCGAUUUGCUAACCAUGAGACAUUACAGGUCAUCUACCCCUAUACCCCACAAAAUGACGAUGAGCUGGAGCUGGUCCCCGGGGACUUCAUCUUCAUGUCUCCAAUGGAGCAGACCAGCACCAGCGAGGGUUGGAUCUAUGGUACAUCCUUAACCACCGGCUGCUCUGGACUCCUGCCUGAGAAUUACAUUACCAAGGCUGAUGAAUGCAGCACCUGGAUAUUUCAUGGUUCUUACUCAAUCUUAAAUACAUCAUCAUCCAACUCUCUCACAUUUGGGGAUGGAGUAUUGGAGAGGCGGCCAUAUGAGGACCAGGGGCUCGGGGAGACAACUCCUCUUACUAUCAUCUGCCAGCCCAUGCAGCCACUGAGGGUCAACAGCCAGCCUGGCCCCCAGAAGCGAUGCCUUUUUGUGUGUCGGCAUGGUGAGAGGAUGGAUGUUGUGUUUGGGAAGUACUGGCUGUCCCAGUGCUUCGAUGCCAAAGGCCGCUACAUACGCACCAACCUGAACAUGCCUCAUAGUUUACCUCAGCGGAGUGGUGGUUUCCGAGAUUACGAGAAAGAUGCUCCCAUCACUGUGUUUGGAUGCAUGCAAGCGAGACUAGUGGGUGAAGCCUUAUUAGAGAGCAAUACCAUUAUCGAUCAUGUCUAUUGCUCCCCGUCCCUUCGCUGCGUUCAGACUGCACACAAUAUCUUGAAAGGUUUACAACAAGAAAAUCACUUGAAGAUCCGUGUAGAGCCCGGCUUAUUUGAGUGGACAAAAUGGGUUGCUGGGAGCACAUUACCUGCAUGGAUACCUCCAUCAGAGUUAGCUGCAGCCAACCUGAGUGUUGAUACAACCUACAGACCUCACAUUCCAGUCAGCAAAUUAGUUGUUUCAGAAUCCUAUGAUACGUAUAUCAGUAGAAGUUUCCAAGUAACAAAAGAAAUAAUAAGUGAAUGUAAAAGUAAAGGAAAUAACAUCCUGAUUGUGGCCCACGCAUCUUCCCUUGAAGCGUGUACCUGCCAACUUCAGGGCCUGUCACCUCAGAACUCCAAGGACUUCGUACAAAUGGUCCGAAAGAUCCCAUAUCUGGGAUUUUGUUCCUGUGAAGAAUUAGGAGAAACUGGAAUAUGGCAGCUGACAGAUCCACCAAUCCUUCCUCUUACCCAUGGACCAACUGGCGGCUUCAACUGGAGAGAGACCUUGCUUCAAGAAUAAACCACACCAGUGAACGAGAAGGAAAGGCCUUUUGGAGCGUGUCUUUUUGUGUGUUUAAAAACAGUGGGAAAAUCCACACCACAUUCUAAGUGGACAGCUCAGAAUAAUUUAACAUAUUUCCUUUCACACUUAAAGUUCUUAAGAUGAGACUGUGUAAAUGAGAGAAAGACUUGAUUCAGAGGAAAAAAAAAAUGUGUUCUCUCUGGACUCUUGCCUAGCUCACAAGGCUUUGGAGAAUUGUCUUCCUAAAUCGGGGCACCUGCUACAGAAGAGAAUGUUUCGUUCCCUCCGGGUAUGCACAGCUAAGGGGCCUCUUUCCUCCCAGAGGGAGCUGCUGGCCCGCUCUAAGGGGUGCAAGAGGAAGGAGUGUGCCCAGACCAGCUGGGGGAGCAUUGAAAGGGCAGCUUGGGGAUGGAAUUUUUUUUUUUUAUUUCCAUUUUCCAGUUAGGUAGAGCCAAGCUGAGGAAUCCUUUUAAGAUUAUUAGAAAACAUGCCCUGAAGAGAGUUGUUCUUAAGUUACACAUGAAAUCCUACCGUCACUAGCCCCCAUACACCAGUGUUGCUGGCUGAAAACACCCGCUUAAGGAUGCUAACAUUUGCCCUGGUACUGCCACAUUUUCUCUAGAGCAGCUGGCCCUUCUUGCUACAGCCUUUCCCCGCCCUUGCUUCUGUGAAAUGGGGAGACAAAGCACUUCUGCUCUCCAAAGCACUUUUGGAUACUCAGGAGGAAAGAUAUAAGAUACAUGUUUGAAGUAUUCAAUCAUAGGAGCAAAGAACUUGCAAAAUAUCAAGUGACUUGGAAUUAACCGUGUUGUAGCCUAAUGUGCUACUACUGCAUUUCUAAAUCAUCAAUAUUUGCUUGUCUUUGCCCCUAGACUCUAGACUGUGUUAACUAGUUAAGGAUGUUACAUUUUGAAAGGAUGUUACAUUUUGAAAGGAUGUAUGUUAGAUAUAUUAUUUGCAGCAAGAAGUUCAUUCUGUGCAAUAUGGACAUGUUUUCAAACCAUACCAAGGGUCAGGUUGUUGUACACUUACAGUACAUGUCAACCAUAACUGAACAUCCCCAAAUGCAUCAAUUAUACCAGGGAUGUAUAGUAAGUCAGGGAACUAAUAUAAAUGAUGACAGUCAUGGCUGCACUGCUACUUGUGCUGUCGUUUUGUUUGUUUUUCUAUGAUAAUUUAAAAUAUAUAGGUAGGGCUACUUGAGGAAAUUUGGAGAGCCACAUUCUGUGGUUUCUCAUUAUACUUACUUCCUGCAUUUAGAGGAAGUUUAUUUAAAAGAAAAAUAAAUGACAAUCAAACCAAAUCAUCAGUUAUCAAUGUCUGUUUAAUUGUGUGACUAUCUGACUGUUGAUGGCCACAGACGAUGGUCUCCUAUGGUACAGUUCACUCUGUAGAAGAUGUAUGCAAAGUGAAAUGCUAGCCCUUUAAAGAAACAUUAGUUAGUAUAAAAUGAAUCUUUAUAUGUUGCAGUAACAUUGACUAUGUUUCAAAACUCAGAUGCAUAAAACAUAAGGUAUAUAAAAAUAGAUCUAUGCUUGUAUUUGAAACUACAACUUGAUAACCCCUAGAAAGAAGAGGACAUGAAAGGAUGCUGGCUGUAUAUGUUAAUCAGCAAAAGGAUUAUAGUGUUUUGUUUUGUUUUUAGAGGCAGGGUCUCACUAGAAUGCUUAGACUGGUCUUGAACUCCUGGGCUCAAGCGAUCCUGCCUCUGUCUCCCAAAGUGCUAGGAAUUACAGGUGUGAGCCACCACACCUGGCCCAUAGUUGUAUUUUUUUAGGCCACUUAGAAAAAUAUGUCAUGUAUUUUACAUUUUGAGAAACAAAUCAUGGUUUCUUCUAGCAUUGCACAAACACUGACCCAGCUUCUGGGUAUGGAGAUAACCCUGUGGUGAUAUGUUAAUAUAAAAUGUGGGGGGAAUAUUCCCAAUAAAGGUCUUAAAAGAAAAGUCACAUUACAACUAAUGUCGUGGCUCUACCAUUCAUUCUUCUCAUAUUUGUAAUGAAGUGAAUCCACUGUUUAAUCAGAUCCAUAAUCUUUAACAGAUUCAUCACAAAUUUUCAUGGGCGUUGAGUGCUCAGAAUAAUGCUUGAACGCCUCACCUUGAAACUGUAGCAGUGUGUUCUGGGCAGUAUCUGUAAUUUAUGAAAUAGAGUCUGGAAUAGGUUAUCCACUCCAUCUUCUAGGUUAUCUUAGUCGUAUGAUGAACUGAUAAAUCUGUCUGACUGGGCUACAAUCCAUUGUUCUUAGUCCAAUAUGGACACUGCUUUAGGCAGUGGUCUAUAUAAGCAAAAGGAGAUAGAGAUCUGAAAUAAUUUUCCAAAUAAUUUAGGUGGAAAACAAGAAAGAGUGUAUUUCUCUGCUUUCAUUUCAAUUUAAUUAUUUCAAAUUGCUUGUCAAAAUGGCCCAAAAGAUCUGAAUUCACAUUAAAUUCCCCUUGCACACACUUAUUUAAAAAACUAAACUUGCACUGCAACUGAGAAAUUAUUUGGAAAUCACGUGGAAUCUAUGUAUAAUAAAAGAAACAGACAACUAUAUUACUGGAUUUCAUAUACAUCCAAAAAGUAUAGGCUAAUAUAUAACCUGAAGUUGCAGCUGAUUCUUUUUGAUCUGAAGCUGAUACUUAUUAGAACAAAUGAUGUAUGGGGAGAGGAGAAGGAAGGAAGGGCAAGGAAGGAAUUGACAGAUAAGAAGCAAAUGGUUUCUUGCACAGAGGAAUUUUGUUUUAACGUAAAAAGUUAUUUGAAAUAAACUAGGUGAAAUGAAAUUAACUAAAGGUUUUAAUCUGGGAUUGAAAGCCUGAAACCAUUUCCUGCUUCUACAAGUGUGCCACAUCAAUCCGGUAAUGCCCCAGUGUUAUUCACAGAUAGAACUUUGUUUCCUGUGAUUUUAAAAUACCGCAUCUGUUCCUCCAUGGACCAGAGUAAUUGGCACAUUUUAAUGCAUAAGCUGGGGGUUUCAUUUUCCCAGGCUCUCUUCACCAUCACUGCAUUGGUAGCUAGGAGCUUAUUGCUUCACCCCAGUAUGGAGUUCAGAUUACAGUGUUUUCCAUUACAUUUAGAUUCAUAGAAUCUGAAUGGCUGAUUAAAUGGCCAUCUGAUGGCUGAAAGGGGGGUAUUUUUCACUCUGUAGUGAAAGGCUUGGAGGAGUUUCUACUUUUUAUUUUAAUUAUACUUUAACCAAAGAAUUAUUUUAAAGUAACCUUAUAUUUGAAAGAUGAUUUUGCAAAAAAUAAAAAAUAAAAAAUAUGUCUUCUGGAGUGAUGUCUGUUUGGUAAACCAUUGUUGAUAAUUUCCUUGUUAGUGGUAUUUGGAAUGCAUAUAGAUUGUCUUGUCAUUGUGCUUAACAUUACCAUAAAUGUAUCUUUUCCACUCAACUAGCUGUAUUCGUAUUAAAAUGAAGUCUCUUAUUUCAAUUACCUAGUGUUGUUGGAAACUAAUUGAACAGCUACAAUAAGAGAAGUUCCUAUCUCAUUGCCUUUGUGGAAAGGCUUCCCUAUGUGGUAAAAGGAAGGCAUUCCUCCGUAACCUAGGCACUCCGCAAGUCCAGUGUUUAAUUUCAAGGCAGUGAUGAAUUGCUCUUUUGAAAUUACUCUAGUGUAAUCCAUGUGCUAGAAUACAGAUGAACCUCCGUUUGAUUUCACAGGCUUCAGCACAGACAACUGUUACUGAGUCUGCACGAACUUAGAUAAUGAGGUGCAGGGUUAUUUGCAUUUAAAUUGUAAUCCAGCACACGUGUGAGAAAGAAGAGGCGCUAGUCUAAAAGGCUGCAUUGCGGGGAGAGAUGAGACCGGCGGAGGAGGGUGGGGUAAAGAGUGAUUUAACGUCUAUUUAGGUUAAUGUUCACUUUACAAAGGUGAUGGGGGAUAUUUUGUUAGGUGAUAGCAGAUGCUUUUCAUUUUUAAACAUAGGAUUAAAAUUGGAUUUGCUUCUCUUUAAUACUUCAACAUAUUGAAUUUUCCUAGGAAAGUGACUAGCUAUAAUGAAAAUUCAAGGGAAAAGGGAAAAAGAUUGUAAAUGCAGAUGAAAUAACUUCAUUUUUAAGUACAAAUAAUAGGAUUGGUGUGUGCAGGUUUAAAAUUAUAGUGAUGAGUAGUCGAACUUAAUAUACAAUCAGUUCUUACAAAUACUUUACACUUAGCUGCCAUUACACAACAAAUUGGAAUUUUGCAGCUGUUCAACUAUCAUGGACUCUGUACGGGAUAGAUGUGUAUAAUGGGAAAUAUGUACUGCUUCUUUCUUUGAUUGCCACUCAAGAUGGAAACACCAUGCCAAGGCAUUUUGUUUAUACACAGAUCAUUCUAAACCUGUUAUUUUGGAGAGGUAUAUUGGUUUCUUUCUCAUUUAUAAGGCUAUUGUAUUUUUUUUCUAUGUGAUUCAGGUGUAUUUAUUUGAAGAAUAUUUGUAAUUGUAGGAAAACCACACCCACCUGUAUUGCCAAAUUCUUUGUAAACUCUCCGUGGCAUUUGUGCUUUCCUGGCUGAGAACUCUCCCCUGUUGAUACAGCUAUGGCACCAUUGUAAUUACAGAUGCAUCUUUCAGGAGCAUCUCCAUUAAAUUGUUCAUAGAUGAUUUAAUAAAAAGAAACUUCUUAGUUGA